GGCUGUGUGCUUGGAGCAGGCAGGCUGUGUAGUGAGUGCUGUGUGGUACAGUAGGGUAGACAGACAGCGCCUCUCUCUUUCUCGUCUGCUGGAGGAGCCGGCUGCCUCACUCCCUCUCUCCCUCGCUGGCAAUGCUGUCGCUAGCCUCAACAGCCCGGACUAGCUGAUUGACAGACACAGGGAUUUAUUCUAUCUUUCAUCUCUGAAAAGAGAGUGAGGUGCCCAGGGGAUAGGAGAGGGGGAGGAGAGGAAGAUAGGAGUUUUUUGGAAAAGACAGAGCUGACAUACUUUUAAGGAUUGUUCACCCAGUGCCAGACGACCUCACCCCUGAGGAGCAGCAUGAACUGGAAAACAUCCGCCGGCGCAAGCAAGAGCUGCUGGAAGACAUUCAGCGUCUAAAGAAUGAGAUAGCAGAAGUGACCAGUGAGAUUGAGAACCUGGGUUCCACUGAGGAGAGGAAAAACAUGCAGAGGAAUAAACAAGUGGCCAUGGGCCGAAAGAAAUUCAACAUGGACCCUAAAAAGGGGAUUAAGUUCCUGAUCGAGAACGACCUGCUGAAGCACACUAGCGAUGACAUCGCCCAGUUCCUGUACAAGGGGGAGGGGCUAAACAAGACUGCCAUCGGAGACUACCUUGGGGAGAGAGAUGAGUUCAACCUCCAGGUCCUCCAUGACUUUGUGGAGCUCCAUGAAUUCACCGACCUGAACCUGGUCCAGGCCCUGAGACAGUUCCUGUGGAGCUUCCGGCUGCCUGGCGAGGCCCAGAAAAUCGACCGCAUGAUGGAGGCAUUCGCCCAGAGAUACUGCCAGUGCAACCCUGGUGUCUUCCAGUCCACAGACACCUGUUACAUCCUGUCGUUUGCUAUCAUCAUGCUGAACACCAGCCUCCACAACCCCAACGUGAAGGACAAGCCGGCAGUGGAGCGCUUCAUCUCCAUGAACAGAGGAAUUAACGAUGGAGGAGACCUUCCAGAGGACCUACUCAGGAACCUGUAUGACAGCAUCAAGAACGAGCCCUUCAAAAUCCCUGAGGACGACGGGAACGAUCUCACACACACCUUCUUUAACCCAGACCGGGAGGGCUGGCUGCUUAAACUGGGAGGAGGACGCGUCAAAACCUGGAAGAGAAGAUGGUUCAUUCUCACGGACAACUGUCUGUAUUACUUUGAGUACACCACUGACAAAGAGCCCAGAGGGAUCAUUCCACUGGAGAACCUCAGCAUCCGGGAGGUGGAGGACAAGAAGCCUAACUGCUUUGAGCUCUUCAUCCCAGAGAACAAGGACCAGGUGAUCAAGGCCUGUAAGACGGAGGCGGACGGCAGAGUGGUGGAGGGGAACCACACCUUCUACAGGAUCUCUGCUCCCACCACUGAGGAGAAGGACGAGUGGAUGAACAGCAUCAAAGCUGCCAUCAGCAGGGAUCCCUUCUAUGAGAUGCUGGCCACCCGCAAGAAGAAGGUCUCCUCCAUGAAGCGACACUAGAGCUGCUCAGGACUCCUCCUCUUCCCCCCAUUGAGAGAGUUUGGACCGAUCCUGCUGAGACCCUGAGACUUGUGCUUUCAGGCCUGGGGACGGGGUUGGGGCUGGGGCUGCAGACUAGGGGCUAGGGCCUCUGGCCUCGGUCAGCAUUUCUCUGGGAUAGGCUCUAGCUUUGGGAUUCUACAAGCCAACCAACAGGACAGGGAGCAUGCUGGAGAGGAGAGCCUCCCCCUCCUAAUCUUCCCCCUGCUCCUGUCUCUGUCGCUGAAUGCCCACUAUCUCUCUCUCAGCUCUGUGUAUUUUGGGAGGAGGGGGUCUAUCGCUCUUUGGGUGAAAUGGAUCCCCUCCCUCAAAAAGACACGUGCACACACCCACAUACUGAACUCAUACUCUCACACACACCAAUGUCGUACACUGAACUCAUACACAUACGCACGUGCGCGCACACACACACACACACACACACCUUAUCUAAACUCAGCAGGUCUGAUGGAGUUGUUGUGGCAUCCCAACCAAAAUAUUCUUACUAGCUUUCAAAAAGAAAGGUGAGAUGCUUUUCUGUGUGCUUUAAUAAGAUGGGCAACGUGUGUGUUUGUAAAGCUUACUACUGUAUAUAUUUCCCUCAGAAUCUUGAGCUUUUGGGUUUUAGUUUUUGAUAACAUUUUUAGAAAGACUGAGGGGGAAUGGGUUAUAUUGCCAACCGAUUUGAGAUUUUUUUAGAAAAUGAGAAGAAACUUUUUUGAAGUCUUUCUGUCGAAGUUGCCUCAGGAGAUUGUUACUUUGCUCUGGAUCGGUCUGUAUCAGGAUAAACUUAGAGAUUACAGUUCAUAAACUUAGACUCUGUCCAAACUGUCACUCAGUAACCGAAGGAGAGUUAAUUUACAGUGAACAUGUUUGCACAUAAUCUGUGACAAUAAUUGAACUUUGACAGCUAUAUUCCUCCAUACCUGUUUGCCCCUGAACCUUUGUUCUUCAUAUGUAACCGCAGUUGUAUGACAGCAGUUUGGACGCGCUAACUUUGUUGUAAAAACACACUCAGAAACACGGUUGUUAAACACAGGGUCGUGUUCAUUAGGCACCGAAACAGAAGAACACGGACAAGAUGUGCUCGUUUUUGUUUUCCAUUGCAACAGGUUUUCCAUUGUGUGCCCUAAUGAACACUACCCUGAUGUGUGGUUUGCACAGGGUCUUAUUGUGGGAUUAUGGGCUAGGGCUCAGCUAUCGCUCUUCAUUUCCUGUUGGACUUGGAGGUCCAUUCAGGGGACUAGAGUCUGUUGGAGAGAGUGUAUGUGUGUCUGUCAGUCAGUAUGGGGCGUAACUCAGGGGCUCACAGAGAUUUGAGGUGUCUGGAAACUGAGGUAUUGUCCUCGUCUGCCCCAUCCCUCUAUUCUGUCCUCUCUCUCUCUCUCUCUCUCUCUCUCUCUCUCUCUCUCUCUCUCUCUCUCUCUCUCUCUCUCUGUCUCUAUCUCUGUCUCUCUCUCUCUCUCUUGCUGUAACAUACACAUAAUAUAAUUUUAUGCUAUUCUUUGUCAUUGUCCACAUGAUGUGUCCUAUCAUGCUGCUGGUUAGCUAAUUCACAAAGACAGUCUUUCUCAGUCGAGCUGGUUAUUUUUACCUCUUAAAUGCAACAAAGAUGCCCUCACCUAUCUUUUCAUCCCAUAGGAGCACUCUUAAAUGUCCUUCCUCAUUUGUAGAUACAGUAUAAAAUGCUAGAACAAUCCAGGUUUCACCUUCUUCAACCCACCCUCACCAUCAUAAAGCAUUGUAAAAAACUAAAUACAUUGGAAUAGCUCUCUCACUUAUUUGAAAUAGGCUGUUGCAUCCUUUACUGUACUAGGAAGACAGUAAUAAUACCAGUAAGAUGAACAACAAUAUUAUUGUUGACAAUAUUGAUGCUUUCGGGCCGUUCCAGUUAAGCAACAACGCUCUCCAGUUCAAGUGGAUUGUCCGUUCCUGGAAUUGGAACACCCCGGAAUUUUGUUGGAUUGGAUUUGAGAUCAGGAAUGUACCAUUACGCACCAUAGUGGUGGAACUACUCUGAUCAGGAAUGUACCAUUACGCUCCAUAGUGGUGGAACUACUCUCCCAGCGCAAGACCGCUCAAGUCGCGCUGAGGGUCCAAAUCUGUCAGCACUCAUAAUGUAAACUCCAGAUGUGGCAUAAUUUACUAUAAUUUGGUAUACAUUAUUUGUUUUUAAAGCGGAAUUGUACAUGGCAGCACAAUUUCAUCCAGUUUACUGCAAAUGCAGCUUUAUUUGUGCAUAAAGCCUUCUCUACUCCGUGAUCAGUGCCUGGCUGUCUGUUAUUCAUAUGUUUUUCCUCAUUUAUGGAGGCAAAUUCAUGCCAAAAAUAAAGAAGCAUUGAUAUUGACAAAUUAUUAAUCAGUAUUAGUGUUAUUUCAAUGUUGUUGUUUUUGCCAAGAAUCUGCUUCCAUAGCUCCAUAGCACAUAGCCCUGUUUUCCUGGUUAGUUUUUCCUAGCCUUGUCUCAGCGGACUGAUUAUAGAGAUAACAGGGAAAGCAAAUAAAACAAUCAUAAAUCUAGACAGAAUUUGGUUAUUGAUUAUUUAGCAAGGUUGUAUAUACUUAAAUGUAUAGUGGGUUUAUCUGUUUUGUCAUGUCAUUUUUGAGUUUUAAUGUAGCAAUAUGAUAUUAUUAUUAGCCAUUUUUCUAUUUGUUUUGUUUCAUAGUGUUUGAUUUGAGGUUUCUAAUCAAAAGGUGAAAUAAAGUAAAGACAAACUUGUCACUACUGCUAACUGACUGUGUGUAUACUGGACGGCCAUUAUGGACUGCAAUCUCCUGUCAAUUCAUUCAAAAUAUAAAAUGUUUGUCUUUAAUAAUAGCAUACAACAAUCACUCUAAAAAAACGUUUUGUUUAACAUUUAUUUUUGCAUUAUAAUUAUUACAUUUUCAUUUUAAGCCCUUGUUCUUAAUCUAUGAAGAAAACCGAGGGCAUUGGACAGAUGUUGUUCUUAGCCCAGUUUGGCACUAGAGGGCAACACACUAUCAAUACAUGUGCUGUAGAGGAGCGAGCUGCAAAAUAAUGAGUCUGCAUACUGUCAGAACUUCCACAUAGAGGCACAUUACUAAAUAACAAGCAGUAACUGGAGAACCGCAAAAUACUUCAAACUUUUUUGUCAUCAUUACUUCCUUUAGCUCAAUUGUCCUAGAGACCGUUUCAAAAAAGCGAACAUUUAUAGCCUUUACAUUGCUACAGACUGACUGGGAAAUAUCUAUGUUUACAAGUGAAUGUGUAUCAUAUUAAAUUAUGCCUGGAAAUUGAAACUGAAUAAAUAAAAAUGACUAUUUGCAAUGGAA